GACCUGAAAUUGUAUAAAAUACCCCUUGGAACUCUAUCAAUUUAACUACUCCUGGAAGUGUAGCAAGAGAAUCAUGUUUCACAUUCUUGCAGCCAAAAAAAGUGUGGAUGUUUAUAAAUUAUUCUAUUCUAUUAACCCUUCUCAUCUUGUGGGUGUUCGUGCUUUCAGAUGCAUAGAACCAAUCUAUAUUUUUUCACUUAUAGUUAAAUAUUUAUGUACACAGUGUGGGAGGUUUUCAGAAAAUACCAGAAGUUAACUCUUAUCUCUCUGGAAACACUGAGAAACAGGCGGAUAACCAUGGAUGAAGAAGCAUGGGUGCAAAGUGACAACCUUUCAGGCUGGCAAGUUAAAGAUUCACUACGAAUCGAUCCUAGAACUAAACCACAGACCACCAGGCACUCCACUGGUCCUCUACCAGGCAGUGUAAUUGAUUACUCAGAAGAGGUACAGGAGCAUCCAUCAUGUGUGAUUGAAAGCGUGGUGGAAGACACACCUGAGGAGGAUGGAGAGGGAAACUCAUGGUUGCACAAGCUUGGAAUUAAUAUAAACAAGUGGUCAUUUCUGAAUUGCCUGAUUGGAUGGAGUGAAGACAGAACUCAAGAGAAAGAUCAAUUUACCACAUCUGGAGUUUCUUCUGCUGCUGAUCAUAAAGCAACUGAGCUGGAGGAAUGUACAGCCAAAAAAGUGCCAUACAUUCCAUACAGGUUAGCUACACUGCAUAUCAUCAAGGUUGUAAAAGACAUGCAGCAAAUGAAGAACAGACACAUGAAGAUAAUCAGAAAACUAGAUGAUAUGAGGAAAGAAAAGGAGGAGGAGACUAUAACUACUAUAAAGAAACAUUACAGUGAGAAAAUGAGGUGUCUGAAAUCCCACUUAGAAGCUUACCAAGAGCUGAUGACCAAGAGCAACUUACACUGGCAAGAUACAGUUAAGAACCUAAGAUUAAAAAACAGACAACUGAUCCAAGAGAAUGAAGAUAUUCUUUACCAAAUGAAACAAAGAACAGAGAACUGGAGAAAAGAAAAGGUCUGGAUUAUAGAAAAUUUGUGUAAAAAGCUAGAUUACCUUUAUACACAGCACACACUGACUUUACAGGAACUACACAACAUCAGUUUACACAUGGAAAGAUUGCAAGACCUCAUGAAUUUCCAGAUAAAAAAUCUUCAACAAAAGUCUGAAAAGGCAGGAGGAGAAAAUUCAGAUAUGUCAGAGGUUUUAAUAUUAAAAACAGACAAAGCAGCUGAUGAAGAAAGGAAGAUUGACUGGUCAGUGGAAAAGGAAUAUCUUUGGCAAACACACACCAUCCUGCAGGAGAUACAAGAAUCUUUACAGAAACGAGAGAGGGAAGUCACUGAGCUCUUACAAAGUGAAAGAAGAUUUAACAAGGCAAUGAAACCUCAAGUGACUGUGCUAAUACUCUUGAAAUCUCUUAUCAAGAUGGUUCACACCAUAUAUUGUGAUGUUCCUGGGGCACAGCAACGCAUCCAUCAGCUUAUCAGGAAGAAUGAGGAUGAAAAAUCUGAUCUGGAAGAAGUUUUUAAUAAUGCUCAGGCUGACAUUCUGUCGUAUGAAAUAUUUUGUGGGAAUGAACAUAUGGAUGACACAAGGACACACCUCCCAACAAAGCUUUUCAGAAACAUUGGGAAAGCAAAGUCUGAUUUAGAAUAUGUUGAAACAGAAAAAAUUGUGUUUGACUGCAUCCAGACAGGAGAAAUCCCCAACUGGAUUAUAAGUGAUUGUCUUUAUGUAGCCUGGUCAGAAGACCCUGCAAUAUGCUCUGAGGAGAUAGAGUCACCAUUCUGA